AUGCAAGUGGAGCCCAGUCUUUCCACUAUGAACAUCGUGAUGACCAUGCACCAGGACUAUCUGAGAGCUUUGACAGGCGAAGAGGACAUGGUGGCGGUCCUGGAGCCUUACAUCCCGCAGCUCAUCGAACAUGAGCUGACCCUUCGCGCCAGCCUCGUGAGCACUCUGGAGCGUCUCGUGGACUGUGGCGCCUGCGGCGGCGCGGCCGCCGGCAGUUUGUGGUUCGCCCGGUUUCUGCAAGCGCGCUACCAGGUGUGGACCAUGCUGUGGCACUACCGGCAAGUGACCAACAACCUGGAUCAGGUGCAGGUGAUGAUCGACCACCUACGUAAAGACCAAGAGCUGCUCUGGCCGCAGUUGUUGCAGCGCCUGGGCUUAGCCGCGUGGAUGCGCCUCAGUGGAAGCCAAUUGGCCAAGUACUUCAUCUCUUCAGCAUCCUACAUGCAGGUAGAACAGAUCAUCGACGACCUCGGCUCCACCUCUUGGCCCCAGCGCCUCUCCGCUGCCCAACACCUCGCGGAGCGCAUCGAAGCCUCCGGCAGCGGUGGCAGCGGUGCCGCGGCCGCGGUGCCGGCGCUGCGCGGGUUGCUGGCGCCGCCGGAGAGUGCUUGGAA